AUGGCUGUAGGCCGUAGGGGCUGGGACGCGUACGGGCGGUGAUCGCACGCCCGCCCGCACGCACCAGCCAGCAAUCGCCCAGGAAUUGCAUUCGCACUCGACCCGCACACGGCACACGCCGACAACCCCCUGCACCGACGCCCACGCCUCCGACCACGCCACGCCAGCCCAUCUACUACACACGACGCGCAAUACACCUGUGCGAAUAGCUGCUGACGUAGCUCUGUUGUUCGUUACGACUGCUGUAGGGUACAAGUUCGUUCGGAAAGCGUCACACCAAGACGCACACGUGAGUCGCACACACUCUACCCCGGCCCGUCUUGCCCUCACAGAGACUGAUCCCUCCUCUCCUCUCCUUCCUCCUUGCCCCAGUUUGUGCCGUCGAUGCGGUCGACGUGCUUUCCACAAGCAGCACAAGUCGUGCGCUUCGUGCGGAUACCCGGCUGCCAAGAUCCGCUCUUGCAAGUUACCGUCCAGCGCAGCUUCGUGAAACAGAACCAAUCCCACUAACCCUUGAACCUCUUUUUGACUUGAAAACAGACGAGUGGGGACAAAAGGCCAAGCGAAGAAAGACGACCGGUACCGGCCGCAUGGCCUACCUCAAGGACGUCUCGCGUCGAUUCAAGAAUGGGUACGUCUCAUCACUCAAGUCGGUCGAUCUGACUCGACCUGAUGUUGUAUCCCGUCCUCCAGCUUCCGUGAAGGUACUACCGCUACUCGCAAGGUCAAGCCUUCCUCCGAAUAA